CGGAGCCGGUCUGUGUGUCGGGGGCGCGGCCGUCGCUCCUCCUCGUCGGCGGGACGGGUGGGGUGGGGGAGCGGCAGCCGGCCCGGAAGUGACGGCAGGGCGGCUGGCGGGGACGCAGUUUGCCCGCAGGUUGGGCGAGCGGGCGGGCGGCAGGGGCAGCCGCGGCGGUCGGGAGCCCGUCGUUACUGCCGCCUGCGGCGGGCGCUUGCACGGCGGGGCCCAGUGGCCGCCAUGCCGCCCAAGCCCCCCCGCAGGGCGGCCGCCGCCAGGAGCCAGCGCGCCAGCCCCGACAGCGGCUCCGCGCCGCUCGCCGCACCCCGGCUCGACAUCGGCGAAGCUGACUUCGUUGUGCUCUGUGAUGCUCUGAAAGUGUCCGAGGGCGUGAGGGAGAAAGCCUGGAAGACGUAUGAGAGCUUAUCGGCUGCGGAUGGAGCUCUAGUUUCCAACAAGAAGAAAAAGGAAACAUGGGGAGUCUGUAUCUUUAUUGUAGCCAUUGAUCUGGAUGAAUUAACAUUCACUUUCACAGAGCUUCUGAAAAGUAUAGGCAUGAAUGUAUGCUCGUUUUUCCAGUUUCUGAAAGAGGUGGAUGUUAACAUGGAUACUGUAAGCACUAAAGUUGAUAGCACUGUAUCAAGGCUGAAAAAGAAAUAUGAUGUAUUACUUGCACUAUACCACAAGUUUGAAAGGACUUGUGGCCUUAUUUAUCUGGAACAACCUAGUAGUGAGAUUUCUGCUGAACUCAGUUCUGUAUUAGUCCUAAAAAAUUACUGGAUUACUUUUUUGCUGGCAAAAGGUAAAGUGUUACAAGUGGAAGAUGAUCUGGUGAUUUCUUUCCAGUUGUUGCUGUGUGUCUUAGAUUAUUUUAUCAAACUGUCACCUCCUGCUAUGCUCAAGGAACCAUACAAGUCUGCUGUGACUGCAGUGGCUGUUAAUGGUUCAGCUCGAACUCCAAGAAGAGGUCAAAACAGGAGCACACGUACUUCAAAGCAAAUUGAUACCGAUACAAAAGUUAUUGAAAUCCUUUGUAAAGAGCAUGAUUGUAAUUUAGAUGAGGUCAAAAAUGUGUAUUCCACAAGCUUUAUUCCCUUCUUGAAUUCUGUUGGUAUUGUAGCUUCAAGUGGGCUACCAGAGGUUGAAGUUAUCUCGAAACAAUAUGACGAGCUCUAUCUCAAAAACAAAGAUAUAGAUGCAAGAUUAUUUCUGGAUCAUGAUGAAACUCUACAGCCAGAUGUCAUGGCACGCUCACAGGCGGACAGGAUGCCACUAAAACCCAAUUCAGAUGAGGAACAUAUUCUCAUACUUCCACAAACUCCUGUUCGAGCUGCAAUGAAUAACAUUCAGCAAUUGAUUAUGAUUUUAAACUCGGCAGCUGAUAAACCAUCAGAUACUCUCAUCAAGUAUUUCAAUAAUUGCACAGUGAACCCUAAGGACAGCAUCCUGAAACGAGUGGAAAAUCUUGACCACAUCUUCAAAAAGAAAUUUGCUGAAGCAGUUGGACAGGGAUGUGCUGAAAUUGGCUCGCAGAGAUACAAGCUUGGAGUACGCCUGUAUUACAGAGUAAUGGAGUCAAUGCUAAAGUCGGAGGAAGAGCGCCUCUCAGUGCAGAAUUUCAGCAAACUUCUGAAUGAUAACAUCUUCCACACAUCUCUUCUGGCAUGUGCUGUUGAGGUUGUCAUGGCUACAUAUGGCAGAAAUGCUUCACAAAGUGAUGGUGCCAGUGCUGAAACAGACUUGUCUUUCCCAUGGAUUCUCAAUGUAUUUGAUCUAAAAGCUUUUGACUUCUACAAGGUGAUUGAAAGCUUUAUUAAAGCGGAGCCAAGCCUAACAAGGGAAAUGAUAAAGCACCUAGAACGUUGUGAACAUCGAAUUAUGGAGUCUCUUGCUUGGCAGUCCGGGUCACCUCUGUUCGAUCUUAUCAAGCAGUCAAAAGAGCGAGAAGGCCAAACUGAACAGCCUGAGCCCACUUCCACUCUCAAUCUGCCUCUCCAGCAUAAUCACACUGCAGCAGACCUCUAUCUUUCUCCUGUGAGAUCUCCUAAGAAGAAAGGACCUCCUCUAAGUGGUACUUCCACUUCAGAUGCUCAGCCAGGUGUUACCCCUCAAACACAGAAGCCACAGAAAUCUACCUCCCUCUCUCUGUUCUACAAAAAAGUGUAUCUGCUGGCCUAUCUCCGACUGCGUACCCUGUUCUUUCGGCUUCUCUCUGACCAUCCUGACCUGGAACCCUUGAUCUGGACCCUCUUCCAGCACACACUGCAAAAUGAGUAUGAGCUUAUGAGAGACAGGCACUUGGACCAGAUCAUGAUGUGUUGCAUGUAUGGCAUAUGCAAAGUAAAGAAUGUAGAUCUUAGAUUUAAAAUAAUUGUUUCGGCAUACAAGGAGCUUCCCAACACAAAUCAAGAGACUUUCAAACGUGUUCUCAUCAGGGAAGAACAGUAUGACUCCAUUAUAGUUUUCUACAACUUAGUGUUUAUGCAGAAGCUGAAAACGAACAUUUUGCAGUAUGCCUCCAACAGGCCUCCCACUCUAUCACCUAUCCCACACAUUCCUCGCAGCCCUUACCAGUUUUCCAACUCUCCUCGGCGUGUCUCUGCUGGCAAUAACAUCUACAUCUCACCCUUGAAGAGCCCAUACAAAUUCUCUGAUGGGUUUCAGUCACCCACAAAGAUGACUCCAAGGUCUAGAAUUUUGGUGUCAAUUGGGGAAUCAUUUGGGACUUCUGAAAAGUUUCAAAAAAUCAACCAGAUGGUGUGCAACAGUGACUACCAGCUGAAGCGCAGCGCAGAAGUAAGCGCUGCUCCUAAGCCACUGAAGAGGCUGCGCUUUGAUACAGAAGGGCAAGAUGAAGCAGAUGGAAGCAAACACCUACCCCAGGAGUCCAAGUUCCAACAAAAGCUUGCAGAAAUGACAUCUACUCGAACAAGAAUGCAAAAGCAGAAACUGAAUGAUGGAAAUGAUACCUCAGCAAGUGAAGAAAAGUGAGAUUCUUCUCAGGACCAGGGGCUGCACUGCAGGCCCUCUUAAAUUGUUUCUGUUUUACAGCCUUCAUUAAUUGAGUUGCUUUUUUAGUUGCUUUUUAUUCUGAAGUGCUAGUUGGAAGCAUUUGGACUUUUUAAAUUUUUAUAUGUUUUUCAUGAUACUUUUUGCCUUAUGAUGUAGCAUAUAUCCAAUGUAAGCCACUGAAUUUAAUUUAUAUAUUUUUGUGAGGAUUUUAAAAACAAACUUGGAAGGUGUCUUAGUUUUCCUAUUGCAACAUUACUGAUUUAAGCCGAUUCAGUCCACUUGGACUGAAUUUCUCUGUCUAAAGACAAGAUAUUAGCUAGAAUGAUUUGAAAUGCACUAUUUUUUUUCUUAGAUUUCAUUUUUAUAUCCUCAUUACUUGCAAAUUUUGAACAUGAGGGGCCAGAUACUGCAAAGAUUUCUGUCUCUGUAUAUAAUUAGCACAUCAAAUUCCCAUUAACUUAAACUGCACAGCAGUCAAGAGACCUUGCAGAGUCAGGGCCUCACAUCAGACAUAAACCUGAAUGCAGAGUGAACUCAUUAUGUAGCUGUACUACUGAAACCAGUACUUAGUGUUCAUGUAGUUUCCGAGGGCAGUUAUGCUGUCCAUCAGUUUGAAUUUCAUGGAAUAUGAAUCCCACAGAGAAUCUUCCAAGAAGCUGAAGCUUCUUCCCAUAUGCAAAGUACUUGAUGUGCACUUUCUUCUCUUGGAAAAUCUCGAAGUAUUGAGAUUCCCACCUGGUACAUGAGACUUCAAAAUUCUAAUGAUGUAGAAUUUUCUUGAUUUCUUCAGAUUUUCACCUAACCAUAGCCAAGCUGAACGAGCUUGAGAAGCAGGCACCAAACCUCCUUCCUGUAGCUGAAAGCUGAGUGUCUCCAGUGGGGUUCCAGGUAAGCAUAGCCUGGUCUCUAAAAGCACAGGGCAUCAUCUCUCAUCGGCCUUGCUGCAGCAUCCGCACAAAAGCCAAACUUGAUGAGCCCACGCUGGGAAAACCAGUCUGCCUUCUUUUACUGCAAAGGCAGAGUUGAACAGGCAACUUCUUGUUGUAACUAGCAAAAAAUCCCCAAAACAACCCCAAAACUUUUUUCAUCUUAAGUAUUUAUAAGUUACUGAUUCAGAUACUGGAAUUUUUCUUGCAAUGACAAAGUGUUUGCAAAAUAGGUAAGGGAAGCACAUAUUUGACUUCCAGUGCAUUAAAAUAUGAGUAAAUAAAUGUUUUGCUUCAGAAUUACCCAUUUUUAUGAAAUUUAGCUUUUGCAGCUACUUAAAUUACAAAAGUUAUAGUAGAAGAGUAUGCUAUUCAUUACACAAACAUUUUAAACCAGCAUCUUCUCCGGCUAGCUUAUUUAGAGAUUGUUUAGCUGAUCCUAGAAUAGUUACGGCACUACAUUUGAAAGAUCAGAUCUUGCAUUGAACGGAAGCUAAUCUUAGGGCUACUAACAAUUCUACGAGCAGCACACUGAUUCGUCAAUGAAUUUUAAAAUAAAGCUGGGUUAUUUUUUUAGUUUCAGUACAGCUUCAACUUCCUUCCUGAAAAAUGUAACAGUGUUAAGAGUACCUUAUGUUUAUUUUCUCACUUUUUGCAGUUUUACAGAAUAUGUGUUAACAUUGUGCUACACUGUUCUGUUACAGCAGCUGAAGUUCUCCCAUGAUCCUUUGACUGUAUUAUUUCUUUACUGUGACAAUGUUUUGGUUUUUUUUUUUUUCAGACAGGAGGCUUUACAUCAAAUGUAAGAGAAUAUUUUAUACAACUAAUCAGUUUCUCUCCUUUCAAGAUAAAUAAAAUAGCUUUUAAAGGA